AUGGCCGUGAAGCGGCUCUGCAGCAUCCUGCUUGUCGUAAGCUUGGCCGUGGUGGCUCGUGCAACUUGCCCGGCGCAUUGCACAGCAACCUCAAACAACGCUGCCUGGCCAUGCCGCUAUCAUAGCAACGGAUGUCAGGUGACAGUGGCGGCUAACCCUGCACGGGUUGGUGCCGCAGACGUUAAUGUUGCGGUGAUUAGCCCAUAUAGUGGCGGCCUGGGGGAGCUGAUGACCAUGGUUGAGCCUGCGAUUGCAGCGGCGGCGCAGGAUGUGGAGAACAGCAACUUUCUACCCGGAUUUCGGAUGAACCUUUUCCUGGGUGACUCCAAGUGCUCAGUGCCAGGUGCCACGCAGGCGACCAUAGAGACCCUGGCGACAAGCCCCACGAAGCACGCCCUUCUGGCUGACUCCUGCAGCGCAGCAUGCGAGGCCAUGAAUGACGCUACUCAGUUCUUCAAUGUCUUGCAGGUCUCUCCCGGAUGUAUCUCGGAAAGCCUGAGUGACUCCGCACGCUAUCCGUAUUUCACGCGCAUGGCUCCGUCAUACCGCUUCAAUGUCCAGACGCUCUACGAGUUCACCAAGCUCAUGGGCUUUCAGCGAGUCGGGAUUGUUGUCGGAUAUCGGAGCAUCAACACACUCGGUGUAGAUUUCCUUACCAGUCUAAUGCGAGACGACGUGGCGGAAGGUCGUUACAACUGGACAGUGUUGUUCACGGCGCAGAUCACAAGCACAGGCAACAUUGAAGAUGCCCAGAGUGCCGCUGAGGAGAUAGAGCGCAAGGACUCCCGAAUAAACAUCAUGGGGUUGUACCAGACCGAGGGGGCGAUGUUUUUGUGCCAGACCCACGGGCGAAAUCUUCUUUCCCCAUCCUAUACCUUCAUGAUUGCUUCCGGAUGGUGGAAUCCUAGCUUCAUCUUAGAGAGGUCAGGCGCAAGCGACUGCCCCUGCACGGUCACGGAGCUGCACCGUGCUGCAUAUGGGGUCAUUGCAGCAGACCGCGGCCCCAUGUUGAACACGCAAGAUGUACAUGGUCUCUCCGGUCGCAGCUUUGCGGACAUUUACGGCAAUUACACAGAGGAGUGCUUGAGCUUUGGUAAUGGGACAGGGGUUUGCAAUCAUCAGUGGGCCGGAUAUUUCUACGACGGCGUCUGGCUGAUUGCCAGCAUCCUUCACGCCUUCUUGACGGAUGGGAAUAGGUCGGUCGCCGACCUGGCUACACCUGCUGCCCGGCAGGCUUUGGAAGCCCUUUCGCUUCAGGUGGAUUUUGCGGGCACCACUGGACGCGUGCGGCAGUUCAGCAGCCCAGAUUUAGAGGGAGAUCGAGAUGGGGUCAUCCUGCUUCGCCAAGCAGGGGGGCCUCCUGAAAGCACCUUCAACCAGUUGGCCUACCGCACAGAGACGGGCAUCCUCUUCCAAACGGAUGUGGUGUGGAGUCCCGACUCAGCCCACCGCAUCAGCUGUAGCAGUGGCACUUGCGACCUCGUCAAUGGCUUUCGGCCGGCAGAUCGUAGCAGCAGCUGUCCAGAUGGCAGGGUUUGGAUCAAUGAGCAGGGCUGUUCAGAGUGUCCACAAGGGGAGUUUGCUUCCAACCAGAUGGCCCAGUGUGAGCCAUGCAGCAUUGGCUCUUUUGCCAGUGCUACAGGAUCUGCAAGCUGCCAGCUGUGCUCGGCUGGACGCUACUCAUCGGUCGCCAGGGCCUCCUCCUGUGCGAAUUGUCCAACAG